GGUGUGAGUAUGAUUUUUCCCACUUGCCCCUUUGUCCUGGCAAUGUACAGGUCUUCAAGUGAUGACAGACUGCAGCCGAUGAUUUUCUCAGCGGUCUUAAUAGUGCAUUGCAGCUUCCUCUUCUCGCCGGAGGCUGCACCAAACCAGAUAGUGACGGCAGACGUAAGGAUGCUUUCUAUAAGUGGCAGUAUAGAGCUGCACCAGAAAAGCCUGGUGUAGAUGGAACUGCUGUAAGAAAUACAUGCAUUGCUGAGCUUUCGUGUUGAUGGAUGAUGUAUGCAUCACCGAUUUGAGAUUGCAUGUGAUCGUGGUUCCCACAAACCUAAUGAGCGUGACAGUGCUCACUUCAAGUUGAGGUGCAUCUCUGUGGUUUUAAGUGCGUUGAGCUCAGGGUUGUACCGGCUGCACCAGGAGGCUAGCUGUUGAACCUCCUGGUGGUACUUUGACUCAUCACCGUUGCGACCAAUCACAGUAAUGUCAUCUGCAAAUUUUAGUAACUUCACAGAUACACUGGAAACACAGUCAUUUGUGUAGAGCGAAUGUAAGAGGAGUGAGAAGACACAACCGUAUGGUGCACCACUGCUGAGUGACCGGGGUUCAGAGUGACCGAUUCUCACAAACUGCUUCCUGUCAGAAAGGAAGUUUGUGAUCCACAUACAGAUGGAACCAGGCUCCAUGGCCGGGAUACCGGAGGAGAAUGUCGCCCCCUCUCAACAUGAACCACUACGCUAAUAAGAAGAGUGCGGCAGAGAGCAUGCUGGACGUAGCGCUGCUGAUGGCUAAUGCGUCUCAGCUGAAGGCUGUGCUGGAGCAGGGCCCCACGUUCAGCUUCUACGCACCACUCAUCACACUCAUCAGCAUCUCACUCAUCCUGCAGAUCGUCGUCGGAGUUUUGCUCAUAUUCAUCGUGAAGUGGAAUCUGAAUGACGAAAGUAGACACUACCAGCUGAACGUUCUGGAAAACAUCUCCACAGCCCUCGUCUUCAUCAUCGUUGUCGUAAACGUCUUCAUCACGGCGUUCGGCGUGCAGAGACCCAACAACGGCGCAUGAUCAACACAGAGGUCACACACAUCAGGUCUGAGGCUGUAAGAAAAGUCGAGCGCGACUCGGGUUCUGCGAACUCCGGACGAGGUUUUCACCAUCACCAGACCUGCUGCCAUUCUUCACGACUGACUGUACGAGUGAGCGUACUAGCUCCGACUGCAAGAGACAAACACAAACAGGAUUCUGUAAAAAUGUCUGCUGAAAAUUCCUAGGUCAAAUUUGGCCCUUCAAGUGAUUGUGUUGACGUUUGUGUUGUAGAUGUUUGAGCUUUAUUUGUUACUUAAGACAAAUGGGACAAAUGCUGUUUGGGUUACAAAUUCACAAUUAUCACCAAACUAACAGCAGGAAGAACCAUUACUGCGUAUCAUAUUACUGCUUCCAUGAAUGCAUGCAUCAAUUUAAAUAAAUGGCUGAAUGUUAGGCAUGUGCUAAUAAUGGGUUGUACGAUAGAUCGUGAUAUUCACAGUAUUGCAGUGAUGACAAAUACAAAAUAUCUCAGCGGAAUAAAGGCAGAAUAAAGACACUGGCGCUUAUUCAUCAAAGUUGUGUAAAAAAGGGAGCACAGACUCGAGCAUGUGAUUCACUGAUCGGUCAUACGAUUAAUGAAUCCGCAUUAAUGAAUCAUUUGCAUAUGAAAAACCCCAGUUUUAUAGAAAAGAUUCCAUGGCAGAUAGAAAAGCAAAUGUACUGGAUCAACCAUGAAACGCAACACACAGACGGUAAUUUGCAUAUUUGUGACAUGAGAACAACGAGCCACAGAGAAAAGCAAACCUUUCAUUGCAUUGCUGUUACAUCACUGAUCUCUGAGUGAGAAACAAUCAGUAGUGGAUUGCUCCUCAUAGAAUUUACCCCUGACUUCCCAUCAGAAGAGAAAGUAAUAACAUUUCCUGUCGUAUAUUUCUAUUUUACAUGAAACAUGCCCUAAUUUUAUUAUGUGUUGGGUCAAGGAUCCAAUAAAAGGAAGGCAUUCAUCAGUCUAAGGAAGAUGGGAAGAAAGAAGUGCAUUUCAGUGAAGCUGAGGUAGAGCUGCUCGUGUUCGGAAGCAGCUGUUUUCUCACCUGAAGGUAGUGAUGUCAGCUGUAUUUAUAGCUCAGUUUUAUUCAUUUUACAAAGUGGAAUAUCUCCGAUUUACAGCACUAAACAUUUAGGUCAGUCAAGUUUCCAUCCUGAACAAAUAAACGAAUCCUUAUUUCAUUACAACUAAACGCUUUGAUGAAUAAGAGCCAGUAUGUUCUGUUUUGGGCUCAUACGGUGGACAGGGUCGUGUGUGUCCUUCUCAGAGAAGCCAGUCCCAUAAUUCUGUUCACCAGAUGAGACUUUUGUACGAGUUGGAAAGGCAUGACAGACAGGAUUACAUGUUUAGAAAUGUCACUGUAGCUGAAUUCUAGCCAACAGGCGAGGUUUUGGCCAGAACUGAGGGUUUUCUGCCUAUAACAUAUUCUGACACCUCAACUUUAAGAGCCCAUAAAUUCAUGUGAAUGACAUGGAAAUGUUUUUAUUAACUUUAUAACCUUACCAGGAGCCAGUUUAACACACACAGCAGUAAAUAUGGUCAGUCUGCUUAAAGACGUCUUAAACCUUGCUAGCUAAGUGUGAUGUCUUCACACAGUGAGUGAAUGUCCAGCGUUAAUCAAGUUGUUGGAAAGUUACAUGUUGUAGUGAAACAGACCCAAGCCUAAUUAAUUCACUUUGUAAUCAGACAUCAUCGGAUUGUGUCGAGGUGUCAGAAUGAAAUCUUUAAAUGCUCUUUGCUCCCUUUCCACUUUGGAGGUAACCAGACUUUAAAAUGCUGCAACUUGUGAUUAGUAGAAAUUUUCACCAUGUGAAGGUUUUCCCAGGCCGUCACACAUAUAACCACACACCUGCUGUAUUAUUCUUAUUAUAAUAAGAAAUUAUUCUGUUUAAUUCCUGUCAGUUCUGAGACUUUCUGUCCUGCAUUAUUAAUUCCAGCUCAGAUGGGCAUUAUUCAUGUUUAUUUCAGCUUAUAUAGCUAUUUUAGAUCUUUUUUUAAUGCAUUAAAACUGUUUAUCCAAACCAAAGUCUAUAAUGUGUGUGUGUGUGUGUGUGUGUGUGUGUGUCGAAGAGACCCUGUGUAGGUGGUUUCUUCAUGACUUUGCCUUUUAAGAUUAAAACUGAACUGAGUCGAAGAUUCCAAAACCCUUCCAGUAUUAAAGAAAUAAUUGGAAUGAAAAUCUAAUUUAUAAAAUUGUUAUGAAUCUAAUCGACGGGGCAAGAUGUGUCUGGUGUCUGAUAUUUUUCCUUCUUGCUUGUUUUGUACAUGUUUUUUUUACUGAAGUUACCAUGAAGCUUACAGCCUCCAGUUCAGCGUGAUGUGUAAGCGUGUGAUGAAUCUGAUAUGCAGAAACUAAGUAAGCAAACGUCAGACACCAGACACGUCUCGGCUAAUAAACAUUUGAGUAUGCAGGAAACUGUAUGCCUUUAUCUUUUUCAAAUUGUUCCUUUAACAUUAUAUGAUGACAUCACUUUCCCAAACUCCUUCCUGUUUAAACACACUGACUUGGUUGUAUCGCUGUCAGGUCCUAGCAGUAAAUACAAAUAAGAAGAGUGAAGUUAGAGAGCCAUCUAGUGGUCAGGAGCUCCAUUACACAUCACUAACAAAAAUAUUCUGCUGCCUUCAUUUCAGCUCCUCUAUGCAACAAUUUGCUUGAUCAAUGUUUUUUUAAAUUUUUUAAAAAAAUGUAUAUGGAUCACUUUUGUGUGUGUGUGUGUGUGUUUGUAAGAUGAACCAAAUCAGUAUGAUAUAUUCCUUUUAUCUGAUUGUUUUAGCACUGUUGUAGUAUGUCUUUUUAUUAAAAGACAAAAAAGAUAAUAAAAAUAAAGAUGAUAAAACACUGGUGUUUAUUUGGU